CUUCAAGAAGUUAAAGAACCACCACUCGUCUCUCCUUUCAUCUUCUCAACCAAACAAGGCUCACAAUGUAUGCAAGUGUGAAGGUGAGGGUAAACAAACAAGAUGAUCAAUUUUCCCUCCCAAGUGAUAAUGAAUCAUUGCUGAUUCUGAGGAUUAAGGACUCCCUAUCCAUUGGAGCCGAGGACAACCAGAGCCAUUCUUCGCCUUCUCUUGCCAUAAUCACAAAGAUUUCUACCUUUGGAACAGUGAAGAACAUUGCACAUACUCAUAAAAAUACCAAAUCAAAUAUUAGAGCUAAUUCAGCUCCACCUCCGCGAGCCGUCUUGUCCAGUCCAGACAAUGAUGGGAUGAUUGGAAGCAGAAACAAAUUGAUGGAAGAAAAAUGUUGGCAUUCUAGACCAAAAGAGAAGAUGCCUGCAGCCCAAAAUAAGGUCAAGGCAGCAAGGCCUCUGAGCACCAAAAAAGGCUCCAAGGAAGUAUCAGAUAAUAAGCAAAGGAAACUUCAUGAACCUUCAUGCCUUUAAAUAUGCCAUAUGCCUAGUUGCUUUUGAAUAUGCCAAAUGCCUUGGUGGCUUCUUGAUGCUUGGUUUCAAACUUUUCAAGUGUAAUGUUUUUCAAAUUGUAGGGGGAAUAUUCAAUUGAAAUGGAGUGAAAUUUAGAGUCACAGGGGUCGAAGACUCGUGACCUUUGCUCUUAAAAAUUGAAAGUAAACGACGGAAACAAUA